AUGCUAUUUCUAAUAAUUGAUAUUUAGGUGUACAGAUCAAGUCAGCUAUUUGGCAAAUACAAAGUAUGAUAUUCAAUUAAGAUUUAGUUGAAUGUGAUUUAUGCCAAAAAGAUAUCAAUUCCAGCUGUUCUGAUUCAUGACUAAGCUGAUGAUAUCAUAAACUAUAUUUAAAUCCAUGUAAUACAUGAUAAGUAUUAUAGAUUUAUAGAAUAGUUGUUUCUCAAUUAUAAAGUCAAUAUAUUUCCAAAUAUUAUGCAAAAGAAUUUGAUUGACAAAUUUGCAGGCCAUUACAAUGUUUCUUUAAUUUAGGAGUAAAUAAAUGAUCUAAUAUUAUAAUUUAAUUUAUGAGUUAGAAAAGAUAGGAUGGCAGAAAUCUCUUGUAAAUGAGAAAUAUUGAAUUUAAACUUGCCAUUGAUCUCUCUGUUGAUGGGUCUUGCUUAUAUAAAUAAGGAUUAACUGAAGUGAUUUGUUUAGUAUAGGGGCCAAGAGCUGUAAAUAAUAUUUUCAUAUCAGAAAACAUAAUCAGAAUUACUACUUAUUGAAUACUCUGUUUCACCUUUUAGCAACAUAGAAUCAAAAAGGAAUUCUAAAUUUGAUAAAGAUUAUUCAAUGUUUGCUGAAAAUCUUAAAGAGUCUUUUGAAAAUCUCAUCAUCUUAGAUGAAAAUGGUAAAUCAGAAAUCUCAAUUUCAGUCUGUGUUAUUUAAAAUGAUGGUAGUUCUAAAAGUGCUGUUUUCAAUGCAAUCACUUUGGCAUUAUUAGAUGCUGGUGUUUCUAUGAAGGAUUUUCUAGUAUCAGUUACAGUUGGUCUAGAUCAAGGCAACUUAAUUGUAGAUCUAAUUUAAGAAGAAAGUAAAACAGCUCAAGGAGAACUUACAAUAUCCUAUUAAUCAAGAAAACAAAAAAUAGAUUUCUAUGAAUUAAAAACAUUAAAAUUAUAAUAGCAAGAAAUGGAUUAAUUAAGCAAAUUAGCAGUAUCUAAGGCAGAUGAAAUUUAUCAAUGGAUGAAAGAAGAAAUAUAUUAAAUCAAAGAAAAAUAAAUAGAUUAAUGA